AGCAGUUUGGGGUUUUUGUCUUUUUUCUAGAGAGAGAAAGUGUCUGCGACAGAGAGAGAGAGGGAAGAACUGAGGAAGGAUGUGGGAAUCGAUCUGUCUGACGCUGGCGGCGACCGCCGGGAACAACAUCGGAAAAGUGCUUCAGAAGAAGGGCACCGUCAUUCUCCCUCCUCUCUCUUUCAAACUCAAGGUGAUAAGGUCAUAUGCCUUUAAUAAAGCAUGGUUGUUAGGUUUUCUGAUGGAUAUAUUUGGAGCCUUAUUGAUGUUGAGAGCACUUUCUCUUGCUCCUGUAUCUGUUAUCCAACCAGUCUCUGGCUGUGGACUGGCUAUUCUUUCUAUUUUUUCGCACUUUUAUCUGAAGGAAACCAUGAAUGCUAUUGACUGGAUGGGAAUUACUUUAGCAGGCAUUGGCACCAUAGGAGUUGGUGCUGGAGGUGAGGAGCAAAAGGCUUCUGCUAUAUCAAUUUAUCACUUACCAUGGUUGGCAAUUAUCGUCGCUGCCUUGUUUGUACUCCUUAAUGGUUGGCUUCGUAUCUACAAACGUCAACGGAGAGAACAGGAAUUGAUGGAAUAUGAAGUUGUUGAAGAGAUUAUAUAUGGCCUGGAAUCUGGUGUUCUGUUUGGGAUGGCAUCGGUAAUAUCAAAGAUGGGAUUUGUUUUCUUGGAGCAGGGUUUCCCCAGUAUGCUCGUUCCUAUUUGCAUCACAAUCAGCAUAUUUUGUAGUGGUACAGGAUUUUAUUACCAGACCCGGGGUUUAAAGCAUGGAAGGGCAAUUGUGGUAUCAACAUGUGCCGCUGUGGCAUCGAUUGUGACUGGUGUGCUAGCUGGAAUGCUUGCUUUGGGUGAAAGCUUACCUUCAGCUCCAACGGCCCGUUUGUCACUUCUGCUUGGAUGGUUGCUGAUAAUCCUUGGUGUGGUUUUACUCGUGAGUUCAUCUUGGCUGGUUCGACUCCUCCCUCGUCGAUUACGACGUUUUGUACAAAGUGGCAUUGAUAGGAAUUUCGGAGUCCGACAAUCCGGGUCCAUCCGUAUUAGAGAAGCGAACCCUAGCACUGUUAUCCAGGCUGCAACAUUGCACCAUUUGAUGGCAUCUCCUUCUAAAGAGAAGGCUUGAAGAUGGCAUUUUUCCUUUUUAGGAAACCCGGGUUGUACAGAACAUUCUGCUUACUAGUGUUCGUGGAGGGCAAGGAAUUUUUUAGAUCCUCCUCGGAGACAUUGAUGAAAGGUUUUUUCGGUGAAAGGUCUCUUCAUAUUUGAACUUAAUUGAGGGGAAAAAAAAAGGUGCUCCCUUGAAACUGUU